UUUGGAGGGGGUCCAGGGUUGUCCUUUGGAGGCUUCAAGGUGUUGUGAGUGCGUGUUGGUUUGUUUUUUUAUCUCCCGUCUCCGGCCAAAGGUAGGGAAGGUGGAUAGAAUCUCGAUUCUCCAAGCCCAUAAAGAAGGAGAAGAAAAAAAAUCCCAUUUUUAUCAUCAUCCCUCCCAAAAAACCAGUAAUGAAGGGUACGUACAUACUGAAAGAAAGGGGAGGAGAAAUCAAAGGGAUGGGGAAAAAAGGCAGAGAAUAAAAAGACCAGAUGUUGACAAAUUUUCUGUCACCGUUCUUAGAGGGUCGUUUGUUCUCGUGAGAGAUUUUUUUUUUUAUCUCGGAUCUGUGUGUGUGUGUGCGUGUGGUCCGGCGGAUCGAAGUCUACCAAUAUGAUGUCGAUCGACAGCUGCAUGUUCUUCAAAUGGCCAUGGAGAUGGGCGCAAUCCUCCCCCAUUAGCGCCCUUUAAUCGCCCUUUGUUCUUGUUUUCUCUCAAGUUUCGUUUUUUCUCACUGCUUUCGCUUUCUCUUCGCUUGGAUUCUCUUCUCUUGGCUCCAAGUUGGGAACUUUGGAUAAAGGAGUGAGGCGGCCGUUCGGGUUUUGGAUGUUCCAAGCUGAAUCCGCUGGAAAGGAGUUACAGAGAUGGGUGACGAGAGGCGAUGACGUGGGUUGAGGGAUACUGUUUAUCACCUUCUUGCUUCUAAUUCUUUACUUACUGUAUCGCAUUUUUUGGUUUCACCUUGGUGGACAAUCUGGAUUUGUAGUUAUGAUAGAGAACUUUCAUAUCAUCUGCUUGAUGGAAUUGACUUGCAUGACACUGCUUGACGGAGCUUGAUUGUGACAUUGGAUAUCAUCUUGCUGACUUGUAAAUCUUCUGGAUUGGAUGCAUUUCUAGAAAGUGAGCUUCUCUUGAGCUGGCCUGCCUCAGAUUACCUACUAGUUUACUGAAUGAUGUCAGACAUGUGAGCAUGAAAGAGUUGAUGGAAAGUUUUACAAGUGGUUGUUUCCUUCAUGAUUCGAAUUAUUUUGCGCAUUUAUCGACAUUUCUGUUUUCUUAAGAGUUGCAUAUUCCAAGACGUCAAGAUUGAAUGGGAACAAAAGUACAGUACAAAAGCUACCUUCCAGGAUAUCAUCCCAUGAGGGAUCUUAAUGAGAAUGUAAGCAGUAGUUGGUCUCGGUGCUAUGAAGAUACUAUGUUGAGUGGACAUAUCUACAGUAAUUUCAUGUUGAGGCCAGUAAAUGAAUAUUCAGAAUAUGAUAAAGAAAUGCUAAAGCGGACAAUGCUUGAACAUGAAGCCACAUUUCGGAAGCAGGUCUAUGAACUGCACCGUCUUUAUAGAAUACAGAGGGACCUGAUGGAUGAGUGUCAAAAGAAGGGGCUGCGCAAAUACUCUGUACCAUCUGAUACAUCUCAGUCCCAUUCUUUUUCAUCUCAAAUGCCAUGUGAAGGCACCAAAAAGAUAUGGGAGAUGUCUCACCUGCCUAAAGUGAACACCAGUUAUGACAGAGCAACUUUUGCAAGCAUUGAUGACAUGAGGAUGUCCUUAAACUUUCUAAAGGAAAGUAAUGUGCAAUCUGAUUCUAUUUCCAUAAAAAAUGGAGACUCUCUAAAAGAUGCUAAAUUUGUUGACUCUAAGCUUCAGAAAUUUCCUAGGAGAAUGUUUGACCUACAACUUCCAGCAUAUGUAUAUAUUGAUAGUGAAGAUUCUGAAAGAUUGGGAAAGAAAAGUUUUGCUGAUUCAUCAUCUAGAGUUAUAGUUUCACCUAGCAGAACUUGCGGCUUUGAUCCUGAGAAUGAUGUAAAGCUUACUUUAGGCACUGGUGGGGGUGUUAAAUGCAAAAAGGACACCAAGGUACAAGAUUCAUGGACACAAAAUAGUUUGUCAGAUGACAGCUUGGCUGAUUUGAAUAAACCUAUAAAACAUGGAUGGUUUCAAGGAGCAGCAAAUUCAACUUCCACUCAUUUACUUGGCCUGAGAACUAACAGUGAAAAGAAUCAAGGUAAUCUGUUGUCAUCAAGAUUAAACACAGAUGUCCUAGGCCUACAAAGUGCUUUUUCUAAAGACAGGCAUGGUGAUGAAAGGUCUAGUUCAAACUUCUCGCAUGCAGAUGAAGAGGAAAUAAGACGGGAAUGGCCAUUCUUCAAUAGUGAAAGUGGGCAAACAAGGAGCAGCACAAAUUUUUUCAGUCCAAGUCUCUGUGAUGAUAAAUUCCUCGUGUCAUCUGACACCAUACAACCGAAGCUUAAGAAUUCAUGUGGAAUUGUUUUACCACAGCAAGAUAAUAUGGAGACCUGGUUCAAACAAAGGCGAACUUAUGGUAUUGAAACUUCUGGAAGUACUCAUCUGGCCACCUCAAAAGAUUCAGCUGAGACAUUUCCUUCAAUGCCUGCUUCUUUUUCAAUUCUCCCUCAGGCAGACUCCUCCGGUACCGCACCUUCCCUGCUUUCAUCUUGGACAAAGCCUGUGAACUGCAUAAACCACAUUCUGGUUGCAGUUCAAGCACUUCCAUGCUAUAACGGCUCAACAACUCUGAGUAUGCAGAACAGGAUUUCCAAUGUAGCUAUUCAGAACACAGGCACCGAUUUUGAAAAAUGGCAAAGCAGUAGGGGUUCAAAUUUGCGACCAAAAGCUGGAAGCGAGGCACCUUCUUAUCUAAACGGAUCGCUUGAUGAUUUUGGACUGGAUUCUAAAUGUGCACCAUUUUUACAGCUCCCAUCAAUCACUUUUGGUAAGCCAAACCAGAAUGAUACUGGUGACAGUUCAGCUUUUGGAAACUCCAUAUGUCAUGGACCCCAAAAGUGUUCUAGGGAUUUGCAGUGCACAGAUGUGAAGUCACCAAAAGAUGUGAAUCUGAACCAAGCACUUCCAGAUGGGAUUCAACAUGAUCUUACCAUCCAACAGCAUGCAGUGGUACGUAAGCUAGAGCAGAAAUUUGAGGAGUCCUCGAAAGGAAUCUAUUGGCUCAGUAAGAAACCAACUUGUGAUGAAUCUAUUGACUUGGAAAAACAUGCAUCACAGAUGGAGUUGGGCUUCACACGUGGUUGUUCUCAGCUGAUGUCCAGUUCCAGUAUUGUUGCUCCAGAAUCUAAUCAAGAUAAGGAAUCUGGUCCAAGUAUCUGUAAUCCUCCGGCUUUUACAUCAACUUUGCAGGACAUGGAGAUUGGUAUGCAGAAGAAUGAGAUUUCUGAUAGUUUUAGUGGUAGAAGAAUGCUUGGCUUCCCUACUCUUGAGAAGGUUCAGCAGAGUGUGGUUUCACGCCAGGAAUGCUCUUUGACUAAUGAAAGCAUGUGCAUUGAGAAAGACAUGCGGCGCACUGACUUGAACUGUGACAUCAAGGAGCGCAGUUCUGAGAAACCAAUCUCCACUGGGAGUUCGAUCAAUGAAAAGUGGGAUGAAAGCAUUAGGACAAGAUCUAGGGACCACAUCAAUCUAAAUGCUGAAUUAACUUGUAUGGAUGACCGGAGGCUAUCAGAGUUAACACCGAAAAGUGAGGCGGCUGGUCCAUUGCCACUCCAAGUACCAAGAGUUUCUGCAAGAUUUGCUUCUGAGAUUAAUUUGGAAGCACCAAUUUCUCAGGCAGAGGGGGAUAUAUUGUCUCAUCACGGAUAUGCACAGCUGAGCAGAACAGAUGGUUCACAAGAAACAGAAUGCUCUCAUGACAAACUUUUAAGGGAGGCAGCGGAGAAUAUUGUUGCUAUGUCAGUGGAUGUGCAUAGCCAUUUAGAGGAAGUCACAUGUCAUCCAUUGCAUCCAGCUCAGUGGGAUGCCUUGAUUUGGCUUGCACAAGUGCUUUCAUCCAAUGCAGGCAAUGCAGGAGUUCCAAGGAGUAAUGGAAAUGGUGGAUAUGAAUCUUCCGAUGAUAAUGGAUUGGAUUCCUUCGAGGCUAUGACACUGAAGCUCGAAGAAAUUAAGGUGGAUGACUGCUGCUGUAAACCAAAGGAGUUUGAGAACAGAAAGGAAGGAGAAGUGGGUGCUGCUUCGCUGCUUCUAACGAGGCCUCGGAGAGGCCAUGCAAGAAGGCGGCGGCAGAAAAGGGACUUUCAGAAUGAUAUUCUGCCAGGCCUUGCAUCACUGUCAAGGCAUGAAGUAGCAGAGGAUCUCCAAACAAUUGGAGGACUGAUGAAAGCAUCAGGCAAGUCUUGGAAGACAGGCUUAACAAGAAGGAACACUGGUCGGAAUGGGCUGCAUUCCCAAGCCAAAGGAAGGAGGCAGCCUAGAAGUGUUGCUGCCACCCUAUCAGAGACUCAGGUCAGUCCCCCACCAGUGGAUCCCAUGAACACUGAUCUAGAAGUUGAUGGGAGGAAUAUGAUAGGGUGGGGAAGGACAACAAGGCGGUGCCGUCGACCAAGAUGCCCGCCGACUAAUGUCUCUGCUCCUCUAACUGUUCCAUAUUCAUAUUGAUGAUUUUAUAGAGAGAAUUUGGAGCAGGAAUUUUAUUUGGAGUCAAUUGAGAGGUAAAUAUAGUCAUGGAAUGGUAGGUGUACAUGCUCUUGGGUCCUAAUUUGGGCUUUUAUUACUGCCUUGAGUAGAAAAACAGCUUGCACAUUUUACGAUAUAUGAUGCAUUGUUUGGUGAAACAAAAGGCAAACUAUCGCUUUUGAAGCUUACAGGGACAAUUGAUUACAGAUUUACAGUGGAGAGGAUUUCACUCGAAAAAAAUGUUUGUCCAA